AUGUCUUUGCAGUCUAAACCAGCGUUAGAUGGUUCCAAAGAAGAUGGAGGUAAACCUCAGGAUAGCGCCGAGCCCGCCCUCGAGGAGCUGGGAUAUACCGCAGAGCUCCGGCGGAACCGAUCAUUAUUCACGCUCCUUUUCCAGUCAUUAUCAAUAGCCGCAAUCCCAUUUGGCGAAAGCGGGGCGUUUAUGCAAACAAUCUACGGCGGCGGCCAGCUCUCAAUAUUCCUUGGCUGGAUUAUUGUCUGCGUAAUGGACCAGACCGUUGCCAUGUCCCUCGCCGAGCUGGCCUCUCGAUAUCCCACAUCUGCUGGGCCGUACUACUGGUCCUUUCAACUAUGCGGGAAACAUGCAAAGCUGCUCUCCUUCAUCACGGCGUGGAUAUGGCUGAUAGGAAACUGGACCGUCACUCUCUCCGUCAACUUUGCCCUCGCGGGACUGCUCGUUGCUACUGUAUCGAUCUUCAGCACCUGGGAGGCAAACGACUGGCAAACGCUUCUCGUAUUCUACGCUAUCUGCGUUUUGACAUUCUUGAUAUGUGGCUUCGGUAAUCAGUUCCUCCCGAUGGUCGACACUGUCUGCGCCGCAUGGACUCUCGUUACCAUCAUCAUAGUCUUGAUAUCUGUCUCCGUCACAGCCAAAGUCGGCAGACAUGAUGCCGGGCACACCCUGGGGAAUUACGACACCACAUUAUCCGGCUGGAAUGGCUUCUCCUUAUGCAUCGGUUUCCUACCGCCAGCCUUUUGCUUCUGCGCCAUGGGCAUGGCCACCUCGAUGGCAGAGGAGGUCCGUUCCCCAGCAAUCAAAAUGCCCAGGGCCAUUGCGCUUUGCAUCCCCGUCGGCUGCAUUGCAGGCCUUUUCUUCGUCGUCCCGCUCUGCGCUACCCUCCCAGCAUUGGUAGACAUCACGCAAGCACCAAGCGGUCAGGCCGUACCCUAUAUUUUGCAAGUUGUUAUGGGCAGCCGCGAUGGUGCAGUAGGCCUGGUGGCGCUUAUCCUAGUCUGUGGACUGUUCUGUUCGAUCAGUAUAACCAACGCCGCGUCUCGCACGACCUGGGCCCUAGCCCGCGACAACGCCAUGCCUUUAUCCAAACUAUUCUCCCACGUCGACAAACGCCGACAUAUCCCGCUUUGGGCACUAGGCCUUGUAACCCUCGUCCAGAUGCUCCUGGGGCUCAUAAACCUAGGCAGCAGCAGCGCAUUCACGGCGUUCCUCUCAUCCAGUGUCAUUGCCCUUGCGACCACGUAUGCAAUCCCAAUCAGUAUCUCGUUGUUUUAUGACCGCCGGACACAGGUAUCUAAGGCUCGCUGGAACUGCGGCAAUGUGCUGGGGACGAUAUUGAACGUUCUGGCCCUGGCCUGGAUUGCGUUUGAGCUGGUCAUCUUUAGUAUGCCCACCGUGCUGCCUGUGACGGCGGUGUCGAUGAAUUAUGCCUCUGUAGUGUUUGCAGGUCUUACCGUCCUGGCCGCGAUUUGGUAUAUUGUCUAUGCGAGGAAAGUAUAUGUUGGACUGCCGUCGGUAGAGGCGGCGCAUGAAACUUGGUGA